UAAGCAUAUGAAAGAAACGAAAACAUUUAAUAUAACGGAGGUGAUCUUCUGGCAUGUGAAAAUGCAACCGUUUUCCUUAGACUUCAUUACAUUUUGCCCCAGUGAAUACAUCUUAUGUCAAGGAAUGUACCGGUAAUUCGAUACAAAUGUUCUGCCUCGAAUUCAACUACACUGCCCUACCUUGAUCCAGGCAAGUCAGGCUCGUGCUGUUGAGUAAUCACACCUGCUGCCUGCAUCCGGGUGUCUGUGUUUAGUUGGCACACCUCUAUUUGGCUCCAGGGAAGGGUACUAAACUGGAGUGCGUGCAGGCAGAGGUUUGGUCAAAGCGGUUGUUAUGGAAGCGUUGCCAUUCGGCCGGACUCUCCACAGGUCUAAUGUGGAGGAUGUGACAGAACUUCUGAAGGCUAGGGAGUCUAGAAGGGCCAGCGGCAGUAAAACCACACCUGUCCAGGAUCUGUUCCAUGAGGACGCUCAGGGGUCGCAGCAUCUCGCUCAGCCAUGGUGGAGGGUGAAACUGUUUGUGUGGGAGCCUGUCUUGUUUGGGACAUGGGAUGGAGUCUUUACUACCUGUAUGAUCAACAUCUUUGGUGUGGUGUUGUUCCUCCGCACUGGGUGGCUGGUGGGGAACCUAGGUGUGUUGCUAGGUAUGCUCCUGGUAUCUGUGGUGGUUAUCGUUGCCUUGGUAACAGUGAUGUCAGGCAUCGGCGUCUGCGAGCGCUGUGGGGUCGGUAGUGGUGGAGUGUACUCCAUGAUCUCUACUGUCCUGGGAGGAAGAGUAGGAGGGACCGUGGGGCUCCUGUAUGUUUUCGGCCAGUGUGUGGCUGGAGCCAUGUACAUCACAGGGUUCUCGGAGUCUAUCGCCCAGCUCCUGAGCCUGCAGAGUGAGUGGGCCGUUAGAGGGAUGUCUGUGGUUGUCCUGCUCUGCCUUCUGGGUAUUAACCUCGCCGGGGUCAAAUGGAUCGUCCGUCUCCAGCUGAUACUACUGGCCAUGCUGGCUGUCUCAACGCUGGACUUCGUUAUAGGGACGUUUUCCCACCUCGACCCAGAGCAUGGCUUCGUAGGGUACUCCCAGGAGCUGCUACGUAAGAACGCUCUACCAGACUACACAACAGGAGAAGGAUUCUUCACUGUAUUUGGAGUGUUCUUCCCCGCUGCUACAGGUGUGAUGGCAGGCUUCAACAUGAGCUCAGAUCUGCAGAGACCUGAACACAACAUCCCUGUGGGAACACUGGCUGCCGUCUGUACCUCGUGGUUCCUGUAUCUGGUCUUUGUGUUUCUGCUGGGAGCCAUCUGCACCAGAGAGGCACUGCACUUCGACUUCUUAAUAGCAGAAAAGGUCUCCUUGGUGGGUUUCUUGUUUCUCCUGGGCCUCUACAUCUCCUCGCUGGCCUCCUGCAUGGGCGGUCUGUACGGGGCACCCAGGAUCCUCCAGGUCAUCGCCCAGGAGAGGGUCAUCCCAGCCCUGGCCUUCCUGGGACAAGGGAAAGGUCCUAAUAAGACUCCGGUGGCGGCCAUAGUCUUAACUAGCCUGCUGACCAUGGCCUUCGUCUUUAUCGGACAGGUCAACGUCCUGGCCCCCAUCGUCACCAUCAACUUCAUGCUCACCUACAGCUUCAUUGACUACUCCUACUUCAGUGUGGCGAUGACCUAUAACCUCCAGCCCAGAGAGAAGAGGGUUGGUCCUGCCAAGAGGCCUGGGACUGGAGCCUCAUCCUUCACAAACCAUACUUCCAAGCCCCUCAUGACCACCACCCACCAGGGUUAUGGUACAGAGGGGGACGGUGAGAGCCCAGGGAAGGGGACCCUGUUAGAGUUUACUAGGGAUAUGGACCAGAUCUUCCCCCUGCCCAAUGGUGGUGAACAGGAGGAGACAGAAAAGGACAAUGCCACAGAGAAGGUCUCCAUGCCAGGCCUGAGAGGCAGGAUCAGGAGGGUGAAAGCCCCCGGCAAGAAGACACUGAUGGACAGCUUUGGGCUAGACCGUAAAAGCAAUGCCUUCCCUAGUGAGGGAGAUGAAGAUGGAGAAGGAGGGGUUGAUCAGGCUCCCCCAGGUCCAGGAGAGUGUGUAUCCCCCCAGGAAAGGUCAGGAGAGCCCAGCCCUGACCCUGAGGAAGUGAGGCAGGACAAGACCCUUCCCGGUCAUAACCCCAUAGAGCUUGACCCUCCAGGGUCACAGAGAGAAAACACUGGUUCUGACUGUAAACCAGACUACCAGGGAUCAGAAAUCCAACGGAUGCCUGAUUCCUUCUAUGCCAAAUUCUGCAACCACUGGAUUGCACUGAUUGGUGCAUUAUGUUCCAUCCUGAUCAUGUUUGUCAUUCAGUGGGUCUAUGCCUUGGCCAAUAUAAUAGUCGCCUUGGUCCUCUUCCUCUACAUUGGAAAAGCAAGCCCUGGCCUUCCAAUAGGAGUGGCAGCUCGUUUCAGCUUUUUCAGAUGGAUUAGGACAACCCUGAGCAACCUAGGAAGCGGUGAGUAUCCUCGGGACCGGAUGGUCGUGACACCCUCUCUGUCAGGAGUCGGCAUGGAAACUAGGCAGCUGACAGAAGAAAACCUGGACUUUGCCUCUCGGGACCGCUACCACCAGUCUUCCUUUAUCGAACCAGACAGGAUGGCACACCUACAACUCAACUGAUCACCACAACUCUGGAUGGCUGGUCCUAUCACAGACCAUAGUAUCCUGGUCCAAUAUCUGUUUGUGCUGUCUUGCCAACUCAUUACAAUGACCAUAGGAGUUGGCAAAACAGCACAAAAAGAUCUGGGACCAGGCUGAAAUAAUGUCUCAUUCUAGGCCUUAUAGACAGAUUACAUAUAAGCAGUCAAACUGAAAGCUGAAAUCAAUAGUCCUACUCUAUGACAUCUGGAUUUGUACAGGUCUCUGUGACUGUGGCAAUGCAUUCCUCUCAAUGAAAUGCUCAAAUGGUUAUUCUCUAUUUAUUGUGUCCAUGGUCAUG